AUGCUGCAGUUGGAUGUGCUCGCUGCCGGCCAUCUGCCCAUCAUUUUCGCAAUGUUCUUCACUCUCAUGCUUAGUUCAACGUAUGUAUUCGCCGUCUGGCAUGGCGAUGUGGAUCCUGUUUUCCCAUACAUAUCAUCAUCUGGAGAUCAUCGACCGGAAUCAUGCUUUUUCGGCAUGAUGCUCAAUCUGUGCUCCUUUAUGACAAUGCUCAUCGUGCAUUUGAGGUCAUUUCACGUUCAGUAUUUUGAUCCAAAAAUCAUCAAUGACUGUACAUCGUUGCUUCGGAUUAUGCCGAAACUCCUACUAAAAACGAGGCCAUGCUUAAUUGCUUGUGCGGUUUUGGAAGUACGAAAGUUAGAGGGGUUAAGUUUUUAA